AUGGCUGAUAUAGAAACAGAAGACGUCAUAUCUGAUUUUAUAAGCACCUUUUAUACAAAUAUUCUAAAGUCAUCAAGAUCGAAAGAAAAUCCUCUACAGUACCUUGAAACACGUUUAGCCUCCUUAGAGACGUACUGGAAUAAUUUUUAUAAAAACCAUCUGGAAAUAGCUGUAAAUGAAGAUUAUUACACGACACCCUAUAUAAAGGAAAAUCAUUUUGAAGCAGUUGAAGAAGAGUACACCGCCACUAAACCUGCCAUAUUGCAGGAAAUAGAAAUUCUCAGACCUAGUGCUUCAAAAGCUUACUCGUCUGGUGAAAAGAAUAAUUACUCGACUAUUGGCCUGGAUAAAAGAACUGAAGAUAACAUCGUUCCUGAUACUCCCUUUAAACAUUUACCUGCUUUGUCUCUUUCACAGUUUACAGGUAAGCAGUUGGAGUGGGAGACAUUUCGGGACAUGUUCACGGCGAUGGUCCAUAGAACUAUACUCUCAGAUGUACAAAAACUUUAUUAUCUUAAGUCUUCACUUUCUGGAAAAGCUGCAGAAAGCUCAAAAAAUAUGCCGGUCAACGAUGCAAACUAUUCUAAAGCUUGGGCCAUGCUUAUGUCUAGAUAUGAUAACAAAAGGAUUUUACUUGCAACACACAUGUGGAAAUUACUCUCCUGUCCUCCUGCUGCAAAAAGGUCAGUAGAUGAGUUAUUACGUCUCCUUGAUGCUACUAACGAGUCUUUCAGAGCUUUUGAAAAUAUAGGUAGACCUGUUAAUGAAUGGGACGAUUGGUUUGUGCAUAUUCUAGUUCACAAAUUAGACCAUUCUACCAGGGAAGAUUGGGAAACAGUUUUACAAGACACUGAGGACUUUCCUACAUACACAAAACUCUCGUCCUUCAUAGAGAGUAGAAUUCGGGCUUUAGAAGCUGCUCGUCCAAAUGAUAAUCCUCAAGUUUCAAAGACUCCCAACAUCAAUUGUAGACAUCAUACCUUUUUACAUGAUACUCCACCAAACACACCUAACCAAAACGUGAGUACUUUAGUCUCUACUUUGUCAGGGUCUAGCUCACAAAUUAAUCAUUUGUCCGAUGCAUCAAGUUGUCAGUCUCAAAAAGGAAUUUUUGCUACAGCCUAUAUCAAACUUUCUUCUUACAGUGAUAGGUCCAUUAUAAUCAGAGGUUUCUUGGACUCUGGUUCCGAAAGAUCUUUGAUCACAGAACGAGUCGCACAGGCUCUUAAAUUAACUAAAGUAAAAUUCAAUGCUUCACUUAAGGGCAUAGGUGAUUCAUCGUUAGGAUCCUCUAAUCAUAAAGCUGAUUUGAUUGUGAAAUCUCCAAAGGAUCCUGAUUUUGAACUGCCAGUACAAGCACUUGUAUUAAAAUCUUUAGUUAAUCUAACUCUAAGACAUAAACAAGAUCACAGGAGUUGGUCUCAUCUUAGAGACCUUGAUCUUGCAGAUCCAAAUUAUUUCCGACCAGAUGAUGUACAUUGCGUGAUUGGUAUUGACCUGCUAGGUCACAUUCUUCUUCCUGGACUGAAAAAGGGUCCCUUCAACAGUCCUACUGCAUUACGAACAGUGUUUGGCUGGAUAUUCUUUGGUCAUUCCAAUCCUUCGACUAAUCACGAAGAAAAACAGUCUUUCUCUAUUCUUCAUGUCGAAGAGAGAGAUAUUAUCAAUGAUUAA